AUGUCACUCAAUCUUUCCUGGCCAGCCGCGACCAUGCGCGCAGUUGUUUACCAUGGCACGCCUUUCGAAAUGAUGGUUCAAGAUGUCGCCAAGCCAGCCAUCCUGAAAGAGACGGAUGUCGUUGUGCGGGUGACCACCGCGGCCGUAUGCGGAUCCGACUUGCACAUCUACCGCGGCUACAUGGGCGGUGCGGUGCCAUGGAUAAUGGGCCACGAGGCCGUCGGCUACAUCUCGGAGAUCGGCGAUGCCGUGUCCUCCUUCGCCGUUGGGGACUAUGUCAUCAUUCCCGACACCGUGUCUGAGGAUCAUCUGGAGAUGGUGCCGAGGUCGAAGGAAUACUUUGGUUUCGGGAACAGUGAAAUGGGUCUCGCUGAAUACGCGAGGGUCCCUUUCGCUGAGGCCAACCUGAUCCCCAUCCCGUUGACUCAUGACACCGCCAACUCGACGAUCGAGCGCGACUACCUGACCGUUUCGGACAUCUUCGCUACGGGAUGGGCCGGCAUCGACUACACCGGAUUCGAACCCGGCGAUUCCGUCGCCGUUUUCGGGGCGGGUCCCGUUGGGCUGCUGUCUGCCUACUCGGCUAUUCUGCGUGGAGCGUCCAAGGUCUACGUCGUCGACCAUGUGAAAGAACGCCUUGCUCUCGCCGCUUCCAUCGGCGCCAUCCCGAUCAACUUUGCUGACGAAGACCCCGUCGCCCAGAUUCUGGCUCGUGAGCCGGACGGGGUCAUGCGCACUGUAGACUGUGUCGGCAUGGAGGCGUUGAACUCGAGUCUUGAGAUGGACGAGAGCACUAUCACACAACAGAUGAUUGACGUGGCGCAUUUUAAGGGAGGCAUGGGCCAACUGGGCGUGUAUAGUUCGCAGGACGAUUCGCCUGGCGCACCGUACGGCAGCGACAUCUCGCCCACGAUUUCCUUCCCCGUCUCGUCCUUCUUCGCCAAGGGCUUGAGUUUCCGAACAGGAGCCGUUGAUCCCAAGCCGUACGCUCCCCAGUUGAUCGACCUUAUCAACAGCGGCAAAGCCCACCCAAGCUUUGUGAUCAGCGCAGUUAUUGGCAUCGAGGACGCACCAGAGUAUUACAAACGCUUCAAUGAAAAGAAGGAAACCAAGGUAGCCAUCCGCUUUCCGGAGUAG